GGCAGGAGAAGGGACAUGGAGCCGUGUGCGGCAGACCGGGCUCGGACAGCCUAUGAACGCCUCACGGCCGAGGAGAUGGACGAGCAGAGGCGACAGAAUGUUGCCUAUCAGUACCUGUGCCGGCUGGAAGAAGCCAAGCGCUGGAUGGAGGUGUGCUUGAAGGAGGAGCUUCCUGCCCCAGUAGAGCUGGAGGAGAGCCUCCGGAAUGGAGUGCUACUGGCCAAGCUGGGCCACUGUUUUGCACCCUCUGUGGUCCCCCUGAAGAAGAUCUAUGACAUGGAACAGCUGCGGUACCAGGCAACGGGCUUGCAUUUCCGGCACACAGACAACAUCAACUUUUGGCUUUCUGCAGUAGCACACAUCGGCCUGCCUUCGAUCUUCCUCCCAGAGACCACGGACAUCUACGACAAGAAGAAUAUGCCUCGGGUGAUCUAUUGCAUUCAUGCUCUCAGUCUCUUCCUCUUCCGGCUGGGAUUGGCCCCUCAGAUCCAUGACCUGUAUGGGAAGGUGAAAUUCACAGCUGAGGAACUCAGCAACAUCGCCUCUGAACUGGCCAAAUAUGGCCUCCAGUUACCAGCCUUCAGCAAGAUCGGGGGCAUCCUAGCCAAUGAGUUUUCAGCCGAUGAGGCUGCAGUCCACGCAGCUGUUCUUGCCAUCAACGAUGCAGUGGAGCGAGGCGUGGUGGAGGACACUCUGACUGCCUUGAAGAAUCCUAAUGCUCUUCUGGGGAAUCUUCGGGAACCUCUGGCAGCGGUCUACCAAGAGCUGCUGGCCCUAGCCAAGAUGGAGAAGGCUGCCAAUGCCAGGAACCACGAUGACGGUCAAGAACAGGACAUCUAUGAGUCCUGCCUCACCCAGGCAGAGAUCCAGGGCCAUAUCAACCUUGCCAAUGUCCAGGGGGCUCUAGAAGUUGUUGAUGAUGCUCUGGAGAGACAAAGCCCUGGGGCCUUGCUUGAGGCCCUUCAAGAUCCUGUCCUGGCCCUGCAAGGGGUAAGAAGAGAUUUGGCUGGCUGGUACCUGGAACAACUGAGUUCGGACAGAGAGCAGAAGUCACAGGAGCUGGGUCUGGUGAGGCUUCUAGAAAAGGAGGAGGUCCAGGCUGGGGUGGCUGCAGCCAAUGAGAAGGGCGAUCAAGAGCAAGCCAUGCUCCAGGCGGUGUGGAGAAUCAACAGAGCCAUCCAGAGGGGGGUGGCCACAGACACUGUGAAGGAGCUCAUGUGCCCAGAAGCCCAGCUGCCCCAAGUGUACCCCUUUGCCUCUGCUGUGUACCAGCAGGAGCUGGCUGUGCUCCAGAAGCAGCAGCAGGGGGAGCUGGGCCAGGAGGAGCUCUUUGUGGCUGUGGAGAUGCUCUCAGCUGUGGUUCUGAUUAACCGGGCUCUGGAAACUAGAGAUGCCUGUGCCUUCUGGGCCAAUCUGGUGAACCCUGCUACUGGCUUGGCCCAGGUCGAAGAAGAAAAUGCUCAACGUUACUUCGAUGCCCUGGUGAGGGUGCAGCAGCUUCGAGGACUGGAUAGAGCCUUCCUGAGCUGGAAUGACCUGCAGGCCGCCGUGUACCAGGUCAAUGCACAGGUCCAGGAGGAAACAGAGCAGGUCCUCGCCAUCAGCCUCAUCAAUGAGGCUCUGGACCAGGGCUUUCCUGAAAAAACCCUGUCUGCCCUGCUGCUUCCAGCAGCUGGCCUGGAAGACGUCAGCCUUCAUGUCGCACCUCGGUAUCAUCUCCUCCUCGUGGCAGCCAAGAGGAAGAAAGCCAAGGUGACAGGAGAUCCUGAGGCUGUACUGUGGCUGGAGGAGAUCCGCCAGGGAGUGGCCAGAGCCAAUGAGGACACAAACACAGCCCAGAGAAUAGCCCUGGGUGUGGCUGCCAUCAAUCAGGCCAUCAAGGAGGGCAAGGCCGCCCAGACAGAGCGGGUGUUGAGGAACCCCAACGUGGCUCUCCGAGGGAUAAUUCCCAGCUGUGCUGACAGCUACCAGCAGGCCCUGGAAGAAGCCGUGGCGAAGAAGCGACGUCCUGGGGACACAGCCUUCUGGGUCCAACAUGACAUGAAGGAUGGCACGGCCUACUACUUCCAUCUGCAGACCUUCCAGGGGACUUGGGAACAUCCUCCCAGCUGCCACCUCAAUACCUCCCGUCUAACCUGGGAGGAGAUCCAGUCAGUCAUCACCAAGGUCACCGCUGCCCAUGACCGCCAGCUCCUCUGGAAGGCCAACGUUGGCUUUGUCAUCCAGCUUCAGGCCCGCCUCCGGGGCUUCCUUGUCCGCCAGAAGUUUGCUGAGCGUUCCCACUUCCUCAGGACCUUGCUCCCAGCCAUCAUCAAGAUUCAGGCUCACUGGCGGGGUCAUAGACAACGGAAGACUUACCAGCAGCGGCUGCAGUACUUUAAAGCAAACCUGGCUGCGAUAAUCAAGAUCCAGGCCUGGGCCCGAAUGUGGGCAGUCCGGAGGCAAUACCUCAGACGCCUUCGAUAUUUCCAGAAGAAUGUUGACUCCGUUGUGAAGAUCCAAGCAUUUUUCCGAGCCAGGAAAGCCCGUGAUGACUACAGAAUGUUAGUGCACGCACGCCACCCUCCCCUCUGUGUGGUACGCAAGUUCGCCCACCUCUUGAACCAGAGUCAGGAGGACUUCUCAGCUGAAGCGGAGCUGCUGAAGCUCCAGGAAGAAGUGGUCAGGAAAAUCCGGUCUAAUCAGCAACUGGAGCAGGACCUCAACCUCAUGGACAUCAAGAUUGGCCUGCUGGUCAAGAACCGGAUCACCCUGCAGGAGGUGGUAUCCCACUGUAAGAAGCUGACGAAGAAGAAUAAGGAGCAACUCUCGGACCUGAUGAUCCUGGACAAGCAGAAGGGAUUGAAGUCCCUGAGCAGAGAGAAACGGCAGAAGCUGGAAGCCUACCAGCACCUUUUCUACUUACUGCAGACUCAGCCCAUCUAUCUGGCCAAGCUGAUCUUUCAGAUGCCUCAGAACAGAACCACCAAGUUCAUGGAGGCUGUGAUUUUCAGUCUGUACAACUAUGCCUCCAACCAUCGGGAGGCAUACCUUCUGCUCCAGCUGUUCAAGACGGCGCUCCAGGAGGAAAUCAAGUCAAAGGUGGAGCAGCCCCAGGAUGUGGUGACAGGCAACCCGACAGUGGUGCGGCUGGUGGUGAGGUUCUACCGCAAUGGGCGGGGCCAGAGCGCUCUGCAGCAGAUCCUGGGGAGGUUUGUCCAGGAUGUGCUGGAAAGACAGGGCGGUCCAGCAUCCCACACAGAUCCUGUCCACAUCUACAAGAGCUGGAUCAACCAGGGGGAGGCCCAGACUGGCCAGCGCAGCUGUCUCCCCUAUGAUGUCACUCCUGAGCAGGCUUUGAGCCACGCUGAAGUCCAGAGACGGUUGGACAUCUCCCUACGCAAUCUCCUUGCCAUGACUGACAAGUUCUUUGUCGCCAUCAGUUCAUCUGUGGAUCACAUCCCGUAUGGGAUGCGGUAUAUGGCCAAAGUCCUGAAGACAACCCUGGAGAAGAAGUUCCCCAGUGCCACGGAGAGCGAAGUCUAUAAGGUGGUUGGGAACCUCCUGUACUACCGCUUCCUGAACCCAGCUGUGGUAGCCCCUGACGCCUUCGACAUUGUGGCCAUGGCAGCAGGCAGCACGAUGGCCGCCCCACAGCGCCAUGCCCUAGGGGCCGUGGCUCAACUCCUUCAGCAUGCUGCCGCUGGCAAGGUCUUCUCCGGGGAGAGCCAACACCUUCGAGUCCUGAACGGCUACCUGGAGGACAUGCAUCUCAAAUUCAGGAAGUUCAUCUACAGAGCCUGCCGGGUACCAGAGCCAGAGGAGCGCUUCGCCAUAGACGAGUACUCAGAUAUGGUAGCUGUGGCCAAACCUGUGGUCUACAUCACUGUCGGGGAGCUGAUCAGCACGCACAAGCUCUUGCUGGAACACCAAGACCAGCUGGCCCCGGAUCACCAAGACCCUCUGCACCAGCUCCUGGAGGACCUUGGGGAGCCACCCACCACCUCUGACCUCAUCGGUGAGAACAUAGCCACAGAUGGGCAGGUGGAUCUGAGCAGGCUCGAAGUGUCCCUGACCCUCGCCAACAAGUUCGAAGGGCUGGAGGCAGAUACUGACCACACCAGCAACCAAAGCCUGCUUCUGAGCACCAAACAGAUGCUGGCUGACCUCAUCCAGUUCCACCCUGGGGAUUCCCUCGAGGAGAUCCUGUCCUUCUCAGCUCCCAGAGAGCAGGAAGAGGCCCAUCAUCGGCUGAUGUGUUGGCGUCAGGCCUGUGACACCCAGAAACCAGAGUCACUUCGACGACACCACUCGAUGAUGUCACACUCCCUCCUGCCACUGGCAGAGAAGCAGCGGCGUGUCCUGCGGAACCUGCGUCGGCUCCAGGGCCUGGGGCUGGUCAGGGCCAGUGACUGCUAUCAGGGACUGGUGGAUGAGCUGGCCAAGGACAUCUGCAAUCAGCGCAGGCAGCGGCAGCGGCGGAAGGCAGAGAUACUGAGACUCCGGGCCACGCUGCAGGGCCUGGAUGCAAAGACCACCUUCUACGAGGAGCAGGGUGACUACUACAACCAGUACAUCCAGGCCUGCCUCGACCACCUGGCCCCCAAAGCCAAGAGUUCUGGGAAGGGGAAGAAGCGGCCCUGUCUUCAUUACACAGCUGCCCAGCUCCUGGAAAAGGGCGUCUUGGUGGAAAUUGAAGAUCUCCCUGUCUCUCACUUCAGGAACGUCAUCUUUGACAUUACCCCUGGAGAUGAGGCGGGAAGGUUUGCCGUAAAUGCCAAGUUCCUGGGUGUGGACAUGGAGCAGUUUCAGCUCCACUACCAGGACCUCUUGCAGCUGCAGUAUGAGGGUGUGGCCGUCAUGAAGCUCUUUAACAAAGCCAAAGUCAAUGUCAAUCUUCUCAUCUUCCUCCUCAACAAGAAGUUCCUUCGGAAGUGAUGGCGGCCGUGGUGCUGCCCGGCCCGGCCUCUCAGCUGACAGACUGCUAUGCCUUCACAUUAACCUGCUGUGCUCCUGCAGAUCAGGCUCAGGCCUGCUCGUGACUCACGGUUCUCCACCCUUCCUGCCCAAGAGGAAUUGUCCUGCUUGGCUACAAACACUAGUGUUUCUACCCGGGUGAAGUGGGCCUUGCUUCCAGGUCCAGCUGUAUGGCUUUUCCCACACAUCUGGCCCCAGCUCUGUGAACCAGAAUCCUGCACUCGUUCCUGGAAAGGCCUUCGAGGGGGUCCUCCCAGUAUCUGCAAGUCCUUGCAGUGCUGCCGAACAGACUAUCUCCCUUUCCACAGACUGCCAAAGCCGGGGUCGGGCUGUCUGCCCUGCCUCCCAUUAAUAAGCCCUGGGCACUGCGGUCCCCUCCAGCCCAGGGCCUCUGUGCUGUGCCCCCCACAACCUCUCUUCUUCACAUCCCAGUGACUGGGGGGUAGCAUUUGCUGGUGUCUUUCAUGGCAGCUGGAUGCACACCUCAAAUCUCAUUCCUUCAUUUAUGGUCUGUUUCUUAUGUGUGUCGGUGGGGUAUUUAUUCUAGCCUGAUUGUUGUGUAGCCUUAAUCAUGGUUUUAAUUCUCACUUUUGAACUCAGAGAAAGAGUUCUCGUUUCCCCCUCUAAACUAAUGUCCAUUCCAUUUUCCUCUCCCUUAUAUUCAUGUCUCUCGGGGUUGGAGCAGGGAGUUGGCGGCUCCUGGCUGCAGGAAAGAGCUCAUUGUCUCAGCUUUCUACAGGCCAAAGGCGUUCUUACCAUCUUGUCACCUCAGAGCUGACUUCCAGGUGGUUCCCAUAGAUCUGCAGGCCUGCCUUGGCCACUCUGUCCACCCCACACUUUCCAGCUUCUUGCCCUUUCUGCCCUCUAAACUUCCUCUCAAUAAAGCCAGCUGUUAACCCACA